GGUGGAUUUGUUCCACUUCCUCUGCCAUUUCCCACCCUACAACACAAUUCUCCCACUGGAUCAUUGGAGCUGAAUCGAUCAUUGGAGCUGAAUCCAAUAACCAACACUUACUCAAACUAUCUGUUCCUGAAAAACAUCCAUUCUUAUUGACCAAAACCGCAAGCAUCCAAGUGCAAAAUGUCAAAUCCCAAGAUGAUUGGCAGCAAGGGAAUGAGGCUCAUAACCUUUAUAACCACGCUGGUAUUACUUUUGAAUAAUGAACAGGUGAUUGGGGCUACCAUUAAUCAUGAGCAGUCGUUGGACAAACGGGGCCUUCAUGCUCGAGCUGGCGGGGCCGUUCCCGUCUAUACCACCUGUACCGCCCCGGGAUCAUUUGCACUCACAUUCGAUGAUGGACCCUACGACUUGGGGUCGAAAUUAGAUGCAACCUUAGAUGCGUCGAAUUCGAAGGCCAGCUUCUUCGUUAACGGGAACAAUUAUGGAUGCAUCUAUGAUUAUGCGGAUACCUUGGUCGAGAGAUUUAACAAGGGACAUUUGAUUGCGAGUCAUACUUGGUCUCACGUUCAUUUGAACCAAGGUACUUAUCAACAGAUUUCUCAUCAAUUGGACUUAAUGGAGAAGGCUAUGGUAAAAAUCUUGGGAGUCAAACCCCUCUAUUUCAGACCUCCUUAUGGCGAAUACAAUGACGUUGUCUUACAGGUAUUGAGAGACAGAGGAUACAAAGGGUUGAUCAUGUGGUCGCAAGAUUCUGGAGACAGUUUGGCAUCACCUCCGAGCUCCUCUGAGAUCGUUUCAUCUUACGGCUCUUACCCGGAGAAAUCAAUCGUCUUGAACCAUGAGACCAAGUCGCUUACGGUCAAUGAAGUCAUGCCGCGUGUCAUCCCGAACCUGAAGCAGAAAGGAUUCAGCUUCAAAACGGUACCCGAUUGUUUAAAUCUCGGCUCGAACCCAAGUGAUUGGUACGUUUCCGUCCAAAAACCUGGAACCAAAGAUUCAACCUGGACUUGCAGCGGUACUCCAGCACCCGGAAAAUUUGAAUAGAGUGGUGGACACAAUCUCAUUUGUCUGAUUCAUUCUUCGGCCUUUUUUUUUCUAUCUCUCUUAUUGGAUGUCUCUGCAUUCUCUUUCUUGCCUGGAUUUCAUCUGUGAACUUGAACAAAAAGAACAUAAACCGCCCGAUCAAAAUCUUUGGAUUUCUCUAUUAUUAUUUUGUUUGUUUCUCAAAAUUCUUAUAAAAUGGUUGAUAUUCUUCUGGACAAGUUUUGUUUAAAUUCUCCUGGGUCUGAUUUCUCUUUCCUCUGGAAAUUGACAUUGA